AUGAAUUCAGAAUGGCAACAGAUGUUGAUGGAAGAUUUGAAUGCCAAAUUGCUCUAGCGUGCUGAAUUGAUAGGGCAUUAUGAAGAACUCGAAGAAUUGUUAGAGUUUCACAAAGCCAAUAGUUCUUUCGAAUAUAGUUUGGCCAUCAAACUUGAGGAAUUGGCUUAAGAAAUUCAAAACAAUUUUUCUUCGCAUCAAAAGAUAAAGAACUUGAUGAAGGAGAGAGAAAUGUUGCAUAAAGAACUAAACAAAAGGAUGGAGGAGCAAACUCUCCAAGUUUUUGAAUAAUAUAUGGCUAAUUGGAGUAAUCGUGUAGAUUAAAUUAAGUUAGUGAUUUUAAGGGGUUUAGAGUAAUACAUGGAGAAGAGAAGUAUCAGCAAUUAUUACUUGAAUAAAAGGAGUAGAUAAAAGGAAUGAUAUACACAUAGUACACCAAAAAGAUAUAAGGGAUAACUUAAAUAUACUAAAAAUUCAACUAAAUAGACCAGGCCAUUUAAUACAAUAUUUCGUAUGUGGAUAACGAUUUGUCAAGCCAAUUAAAUCAGCAAUAAAAUAAGAUUAAUGAAUCAAUCCUUCAGAAGAGAGAUGAUACUCUCCAAAUAUCCUAAAUGUAAUUUGAUUAUUAUUAUAAAAGCAUUCAAUCAUCAGAGCUCUCCAAAUAAAUAGUUAAUUUAUAGUAAGAUGAUUCCUUAAUACAACACAUGGAUGAAUUCAAUAACAUUAUUACUAAAUCCUCUCAUUCAAUCAAAUUACAAACUAUUUAUGAAGAAUAACUAUUAAAUGGCAAUCAACCUAUCAGAUAACAUUAUCAUAGCAAAACUAUAUUUAGUCAUAAACAUUCAACUGCUUAACUCAGUCCCUAAAUGUCAAAGUCCUACUUUUUUAGAGACAAUCCUUUAAAGAGAUCAUUAACAAAAGGGACUUUGUUACUCAAAAAAUUCUCAAAUAAACCAUCAAAAAGGGAAUUUGAUGUAUUUCAACAUCAAAACCCUACCUAAUUGGGUUAUGGUUUAAGGAUGGCAUAAUUGAGCUAGGAUAGAAUUGAGUUUAGAAAUCAAUUGAAACCUUAGAUAAUCGACUCUUCGUUGCCUCUAUCUCAAAUUUUGAGAGUGAUUAUUCCCAAGUAAAUACAGGGAUAUCUAAAGAAAAAGCCGAGCAAAAUGCAGGACAAAGAAAACAAUGUUCCAAUUCUCUCUUAUUGGCCUUUACAAAUUCUCACUCUAAAUCAAGGGUCAAUUGAUUUGCUGUUCCAUACUUAAGAUCAUAUGAUGGAUUGGUAUAAUGGUUUAGUGAAUAUAAAACAUAUUAAUUAAUGAAAUAUUUGAAAUUAUUUACCCUUAUUUCAAUUACAUUAGGUUCAUAGAUUCAAAAGCAUAUUCAUCAUCUUAGAUCAGGUUAAGAAGACUUGGAAACAAAUUUGAUAUUUGCUGGUAUAGCAUGUAUAGCAAUCUCAGUUAUCUUAUUGUGGUUCAAUGAAAGAAAAGCAGCUAUCAAUUCGUAUCGACUUUAAUAUGCAAGAUAGAAUUGUAUAUCCCUUACACCUUUUUAAGAAUCAAACCCAGAAGAUUUAAUUCACAUCACCGGUUAGUUGAUCACAGAUGAGUUAGUAACUGAUAAAGUAUUUGGAGUCUCUUAAAUAAAUUGCGUAAAGUUGUAUAGGAAUGUGGAAAUGUAUUAAUGGGUUGUGGGAGAGAAGUAGAAGGAGCAAUAAUGGGUGGAUCAUUAUGUUGAAAACUCAUUUGGAUAUAACAAUGAUAAAUCGAAAUGGAUUUUAAAUUCAGAGAUCUUCGUAAAUAUAAGUGUUAAAUUACAUCAAUUUGAAUUGCCUGAAGACAUGAAAACCCAACUCAAUACGCCUUUAGAGACCGUCAAAUUGAAUUAGGCAAAUGUUCAGAUCUUCUAAUAGAGAUACAAGGAUAAAGGAUAUAGAAGAUUGUAUAUAUUAUUGAUUCUAUUAAGCUUAUUAUAAGAUGACUACAUAUAUAUGCAUUAGGUUGAAGAUCAAAUUGUAAAUGGGGAUUUGAGAAUCUGUUUCAAAUAAGUAAUUUGUAGUGAUGCCACAAUAGUUGCUAAAGGGAUCAUCAAUUCGCUUUUGGUUUGGUAAUUUGAAGAUACAUAUCAUCAAACUGUAUCUGGAUAAAAUCAAGUGCAAGAGAAGGGGUGUUGUGACAUCUAACUUUCUAAUGAGAACAAACCAAUCAAAGAAAUUUAUUGGAUUUUUCAAGGCCUUUUUACUCCUGAAGAGUGUCUUUAAAAAGUAGUUAAUGAAAAUGCUUUGCUCUUUUGGGUCUUUAGAAGUAUUGGCUAUAUUUUGAUAGUAUAUAUAAAAAUGGAAUAACAUAGGCUGUGGGAUCGUUAAUUUUAUUAUCUCCUGUAUCAUAAUUAUCGUAAUUGAUUAAAACAGAUCAACUGAGUGGAUUUGGUUAUAUUAUUUAUGGCCUCAUUGGUGCAAUACCAAUCACUAUUUUAUCCAUUUGCUUUUGCUGGUUAUACUAUCGUCCUAAGAUUGGAUUACUAAUGUUGUUGAUAUCUUUGAUCUUAGGUGGAAGUAUUUUUUAUUAUGCUUACAAAAACUAAUGAUGAUGAUGAUGCAAC